AAAUACUUCAAAAUAGCACAGGACGUGUAGUGAAAGAAGAAAAAUGCAGCCUGUGCAAAGUCUUGAAAUAGUCAAAGUAUCCAAAAGUCUUUCAGACUUUCACGAUUCUGCAACAAGUAGUAGGCAUGAAAAAAGUCUUGGUCUUUUAACAACGAAAUUUGUUACCCUUCUUCAAGAAGCGAAAGAUGGUGUAUUGGAUUUAAAAGUGGUAAGUCGUCAAUGCAGUGCGUGAUUCAAUUUUCGGAAUGACUUUUUUUCCGCUAUAAUUAUGUAGCUUGCCAAAAGUAAACAAGACAAAGACAAUAAGAUUUGCAAUAAUCAGAAAUGUGCAAUUCUAUUGUAUGGCUUAACAUUUAACAAUAUUACUAAAUUUUAAUAGCUCCAUUAAGGAUAGGCAUAAAGUAAAGGUCUUGUUCUUUUUUGUUUCUGCAGAGAAUUGCUUUUUUACUUUAGCCAUCUUGGAAGUAUUUUCCAGGUUUCCAUUAUAAUAUUUAAUAUUUUCCUCUUAGAUAGCAGCUGAGGGUUGAUUGAUAAUAAUAAAAAAUCCUUACAAUUUUACCAUCAAGGAUUCCUUUCCUUAGAUGAUAGUGCUAAAGACAAUCACUCUACGUCUUACUUCUAGUUUUAGUUCUUUCUAUAUUAUAUUUGCCAUAGUCUUGGUAGGUACUUGAAUACAAAUAUAAAAAAAAUUGAAAUAAUUUUUUUAAUAGUAAAGUUAGUUAGAGCAAAUUUCAAAUAUAAAAAUGAAACCAGAAUCAACUUUUUAGCUUAAGUCUAAGUACUUUUUGAGUUACGAAUUUUUAAAGUGUGAGUUCGUUUGGUAUUUUUUACUAUGGACGAAGAAACCUCCACAUCUUGUGACCUCAUUCCGCUGACACUUUAUAUAAGGCAAGCAUCCCCAUCACUAAAAUACUGUUUAGGGUCGACUUAGUUUAAACUUUUAACUUUGGCAAUGAAUAAUUAAUUAAAGCUUUCCCUGAGUCAAUGGUUCAAUAGUUUUUGCACACGGCAAACUCUUAUGAAUGAAACUCUGAGGUAGUACUACAAUACAGCCAUUAUGCAAGUGGCUGUGAAUGGUUGUCAAUGACAACGAGUUGCACACCGUAAAUUCUGAUCAUCUAUAAUAUGGACUCUACCGGGUUUUUAAAGCUCAAAUUAAAACAUUCCUGUUUAAAUGUCUUCAAAAUGCAUUCUGAAACACAAGUUACCAAAUAUUUUGAUGUAAAUAGUGGUAAUAAUUUAAUAUUUCCUAAGUAUCGGCAACUUCUGCCAUUAAAAAGGGGGCGUGGCCCACGCCAUGUCGAAAUAGGCUGAGCGAACUGCAUGACCUGCCACGCGCCCGUAGAAUGUCUCUCGUAAAACACAUAUCGCUGUGAAAUUUGGCAUACAUGUAGAUCAAUACAUGCCCCAGAUGCAUAAAAAAAUCUGGUAGUGACAUGUCUUUUACUUCAACUUAAUUUUAAUGGUUGAAGUUGCCUUAUAUUCACCAAGGAUUUUCUCAAAGCUGACCGAUUGUAAAUGAAAAAGAAAUUUAUUAAAUUGUAGGCCAAAAUGUCCUCUAAAGCAAAAGGCCGGAAGAGGAACACAAUUCUGGGAUAUAGUAAUUAUUUUAUGAAUGAAAUAGUUCCACUAUCAAAAAAUUAAAAACUCGGAUUUUCGCGCGACAACAACUAUUUCCCAUACACAUUUUUAGUAGUCUCCCUUGCUUCAUCGAAGUACCUAGUCUUGGUAAUUUUAUCACUUCAGUGGCCCUUGGUUAUGGUUUGGAAAAAGUGUGUUGCUUGAAGUGCUAUUUAAGCAGUUGUCUUCUUCUUCUAUAUAUUAAGGGCCCACGAUCGAUUUAUUGAUCAUUCUGGCUCCUAUGUAUGUAGAAGGGAUUUGCAAUGUUUCUGUGCCUGAUGUUGAUGAGGAUAUUUCACUGGUUUCAAGGGCUACUUAGUGAGGGUAUCAUGCACUGGGUGUUUGAAGGCCUGAGGCAAUAAACUCAAAUGUGUCUAGUGUUGUCGCCUCACCUGUUCCUUUUGGAAGUUUGUUCCAGUCCCUGGUUGUCUUUGGCAGGAAUGAGCAGUUCCUACACUGGCUUCUCGCUGGUAUGAGCAGGAAACUGCCUGUCAUGGCCACGUCACUGUCUAUGGGGGAGAGGGACGAGUUUCUGGUUAAUGUGGGAGCAAUGGGCCUGCAAAUUAUUUAUCUUGUACACCAUGGAGAGCCUGGAUAGUCGUCGUCGUUCCUCCAAUAGUGACCAGCCCAGUGUUUCCAGCAUGCUUCCAACACUAGGGGUAUUCCUGUGGCGAUUCAGGACAAAGCGUGCUGCCCAUCGCUGGACCACCUCCAACCUGUCGAUGCUCUUCUGGGUAAAUGGGUCCCAGACUGAAUAUGCAUAAUCUAAAAGUGGCCAUACAAAGGCUAUAUAGGCUCUUUCUUUCACACUGGAGUUGCCGAUUUUUAAAUUAAGCCUUAAGAACCCCAGGGUCUUGUUUGCAUGGUUGCACACAUUGUUAAUAUGCUCGUCCCAGUGGACCUCUCUUUGAAUGGUAAUACCCAGGUACCUUACGGAGGAAACUGGCUCAAGUAUAUGAUAAUAUUAAUUGAUGUCCAUUAUAAGAACAGUGGACACUGGGUUUUUGGUGGUUUUGAAAGAGAAACUGAUCACUGUUUUCUUGUUGAAAUGCUGUCUUAUUGAAAUGUUGUCUUUUAUAUAGGUGCUGAAAUUAAUAUUUACAAAGCCAUUAAAAAACUUUUCCUAUUUAUUUGGAUCAAUAAAAUAAUUUUAUCUAUCAAUAAAACAUAUCCUUUUAAAUAGCACUUCAAACUGGAACAACAUGAUUGUUUCAUAACAGAUGCUCGUGGUAGAUUACUCCAUAUUCUCCCUUAGCCUACAAGUUACUGGCAAGACUAUGUUUUUAGCAUUUCCAUUAGUUAAGGACUUCGAUAAAGCAUAUGAUUUUAUUUUAAUUUUGUAAUUAAAAAAUAACAUUUUCAGGUUACAUAAGACUUGUAGUUGAAUGGUCUGUAUAUUGUAAUUAAUACAUAAAAAUUUCAAAAAAUGAUGGGACUUGAGAUUGAAAUCAUGGGUAAAUUAGUAUAUAUAAAUAUUAAAAUAAAUAUGCAAUCUUGUCUUGAAUAUGAUAAUGCACAUCUCAAAGUCCUAAUUUAUCAUUAUAUUGCUCCGCAUUUAAUUUGAUUGUUUUGUUACUUACAUUUAUGGUUUUGAAAAUUUAAUCUGUGUAAAGAAUUUGGCUCGUAUAAGAAAUAAUACAUAACAAAAGGCUGAGAAAAACAAAAGGUGUAAGAAAAUGACACCAAAGUUAGUGAUACUAUCAAUAUUUAUUUUAAUUAUAAAAAUCUAUAUGAAUAAAAAUUUGAGUACAGAAGCAAACAACUGUAUUAACUUACAGCAAGGGAAAAAAGGUAUACUUCUCAAAAUACAAAUAUUAAUUUAUACACACAAUAAUAUAACAUCUCGUAUAGCAAAUAAUCUCUCUCUCGCUUUCAUCUGUCUCACUCUGGCUGUCUAUGUCAUGCUGCUAAGAAAGCAUGCAGCGUAUAUAUAGGAACCAGCUCAGAACAUUCUAGUAAAGAAAUUCUAGAAAUUGCGUCACGCAAUGACAUUCUUGAGAAAAAAUGGAACACAUUUGCCAGCCAAGAAAGCGACAGGCAUGGUUAGUUGUGUUUAUCUUCAUGAUUAUUGUCUUGUUUCUAUUUAUGUCCAAGCUGUGCCAAAGUUGUGGCUAAAUAUCUUGAAUUUUCCUGCAUUUAUUGUUGGUUUUGGAAUAGAAGUGCAAUGUCAUCUGCAAAGUCUAGGUCAUUCAGUUGUUCCCAGGGCGUCUACUGCAUCCCAUUCCUCUUUUUGUCUGUGGAUGCUUUCAUUAUGCAGUAACCUUAUUUCACUGCUAAAUAUGCCAUGUAACAUUAUACACCUGAUCCGAGGAUGUAUAAAUAUUUGAUACUUUUCUAAACUCUAGUUUUAUCAAAUGUUAUUCAUGAUCUAAUUGUAAGAACUAAAAAUGCUGUUACUUGCAUUCCUCUCUUAUAAUUGUUAUAAAUCAUGCACUUGACAGGCAGCUGACCAGCUAGCUGUGCGGCAAAAACGAAGAAUUUAUGACAUCACCAAUGUUCUGGAGGGUAUUGGUCUCAUUGAAAAGAAAUCAAAGAAUAGUAUACAGUGGAAGUAAGUCAGAGUUACGAUUAAUUAAAAUAGCAUGUUUGAGAAGGUUUAAACAUUCAAAUUGUUCUUUUUAUUGUUUUUUAGUUAGCGCAAUUUUGAGUCACUUUUCCUAAAAAAAAAUUUUUUUAAAGAGACAUUCUUAAUUUUUCUUGCAUACUUUUAAAAAGUAAGGGCUAUAAAUGACCAGUGUACUUUUCUGUCAAAGGGGUUCAGGACCUGGUAGCAAUUCUAGGGAUAUCUCUGAAAGGCUCACAAGCUUGAAAGAUGACUUGGCUGAUCUUAGAGAGCAAGAACUUCAAUUGGACAAGCACAAACAAUGGGUUCAGCAAAGUAUAAAAAAUGUCACAGAUGAAGUCUCAAACACAAGGUACAAUAAAAAUUGCACCAGCUGAAUGUCACUUGUUUUUAAUGUUAUUAAUUGCCACUUAUGAAACAAGUUUAUAAUCUUAAGUUGCUGGGAAGAGUAAAAAAAUUUCCUUUUCACCCAUAAUAACCUACUAGUAUAGAACAGAAUAUAAUGCAGUUUUUAAAUUUCACAUUUCAUUUUUUUCCCACUCUUUUUGGUAGAGAAGUUUUUGAAUAAAGAAAUCUAAUUUUUUUUUUACCUUCUAGCUUCUACAUUUUAAUAUUUAUUGAAAUAGUCAAGUUAGUUAAAUUCUUUUUAAAAAAAAGUAACAACUUUAUUUUAAUCAACACAAUGGAUAUGUUAGGUUUUGUGUAGAAAAAUAUUUUAGCUCCUUCAGAAUAUUAAUAUUUCCUUUACACCAUUUAAUUAAUGAAAUUUUCAAUUUAAUUGGUCAUGAAUAACAAAAGUAGGAAGAACUACAUUUUAAAUCUAUUGCUUUCAGGUUAGCAUAUGUUACUCAUGAAGACAUUUGCCAUUGUUUCAAGGGUGACACAUUGCUAGCUGUCCAAGCACCAUCAGGCACCCAGCUAGAGGUUCCCAUACCUGAGAUUGUAAGCCUAGAACACAUUUAUGUUAGGUUUUAUUAAUAUUUAAAAUACUUUCUUAUUGGGUGUAAUUCAAAAGUUAAUUCAAAUGUCUAAUUUUGUCACCAAUAGACUGAGAUGCAUCCAGCUUUUAUUAUAGAAAAAGAUUUCUCAAGCAGCAAAGGGAAUUAUUAAACAUUUAUAUUACCGUUCUUCUCUGCAGGGACCAGGCUUUACAAAAAACUACCAGAUCCAUUUGAAGAGCCAAGCUGGUCCUAUUAAUGUUUUACUUGUCAACAAAGACACUGAUGAAUCUGAACCAGUUGUGGUCCAAGUUCCUCCACCAAUGCAGGCAGCUGCAACUGUAGAUAUAGGUCCUUCAGAUACCUCACAGAAUCAAAAUCCUGACCCAGGGAAGCAAGCUGAUAAAGGCGGGACAGUUACAAGAGGAAAAGUAGGCUUUCAGUUUUUAAAUAAUUUUAUUCAGACUUAUUUGGUCAAAGAAACACAUUUUUACUAAAUGGAAUAAACUUUUAAGCUCCUUUUUUUACAAUUUCUAAUGCUUGUCCAUUGUUUGUUGUCUUCAAACAGAAGUCACCAGCAAAAUAUCCAUUGAAGCAGUCCCAAACAACUGCUGUUAUUGAACCCCCUACUCGAAUGGCAACAAGGUCUUCCCCAAGAAAAAAUAUGUCUGAUUCACUACUGUCUCAACGUAAGUUUUGCUCAUCCACUUUUACUAUUGAAGACCAUAAUGUAAGAACAAUAUUAUCUUGAAUGAAAUUUAUUAAAAAAAUAAUUGUUGGCAUUAUUUUUUCCCAACACCUUUUAGCAUCCACAUCUUCCACCUCUACUCAGUCAGAUCAUGGACUGGAUAUGUUUAACAAUGAUCUGUUUGAUUCCAAGCAAGAUAUGGGUUAGUUUUUAUUGUAAAUUGUAUAGCUGAUUGAUAUACGAAGUGCAAUUGAUUUGACACAUUAGUCAGAUUUCCUUCUGAGAUGGGAAACCAUUGUAUGUUUAUUUAAAAUCUGUUAACAAAACGAUAGUUAUUAAGAUGAUGUUUAACUCCUUGCCUGCUUAGUUUCUGACUGUGUUUGGGCUGACUUAAAUUAUGAAGAUAAUGUUCCACUCCUUGCCUGCUUAGUUUCUGACUGUGUUUGGGAUGACUUAAAUUAUGAAGAUAAUGUUCCACUCCUUGCCUGCUUAGUUUCUGACUGUGUUUGGGCUGACUUAAAUUAUGAAGAUAAUGUUCAACUCUUUGCCUGCUUAGUUUCUGACUGUGUUUGGGCUGACUUAAAUUAUUAAGAUAAUGUUCAACUCUUUGCCUGCUUAGUUUCUGACUGUGUUUGGGCUGACUUAAAUUAUGAAGAUAAUGUUCAACUCUUUGCCUGCUUAGUUUCUGACUGUGUUUGGGCUGACUUAAAUUAUUAAGAUAAUGUUCAACUCUUAUAAUGUUCAUCUCUUUGCCUGCUUAGUUUCUGACUGUGUUUGGGCUGACUUAAAUUAUGAAGAUAAUGUUCAACUCUUUGCCUGCUUAGUUUCUGACUGUGUUUGGGCUGACUUAUAUUAUUAAGAUAAUGUUCAACUCUUUGCCUGCUUAGUUUCUGACUGUUUGGGAUGACUUAAAUUAUUAAGAUAAUGUUCCACUCCUUGCCUGCUUAGUUUCUGACUGUGUUGGGCUGACUUAAAUUAUGAAGAUAAUGUUCAACUCUUUGCCUGCUUAGUUUCUGACUGUGUUUGGGCUGACUUAAAUUAUUAAGAUAAUGUUCCACUCCUUGCCUGCUUAGUUUCUGACUGUGUUGGGCUGACUUAAAUUAUGAAGAUAAUGUUCAACUCUUUGCCUGCUUAGUUUCUGACUGUUUGGACUGACUUAAAUUAUUAAGAUAAUGUUCCACUCUUUGCCUGCUUAGUUUCUGACUGUGUUUGGGCUGACUUAAAUUAUUAAGAUAAUGUUCAACUCUUUGCAUGCUUAGUUUCUGACUGUGUUUGGGCUGACCUAAAUGCAAGGGCAUGGGAGAAAAAAAAUAUGUCUGACAGAAAACAAAUUAAUAACUUAAAAAUAAAUAGUCUGACAGCCUCAACUUUGUUAUCAAUGGGAGAUAGAAAUGAAAAUAGAAUAAAAACAUAAACAAAUGACACAUAGUAUGAAGUGUUAUUGAGUUCACUUCUCUUUUAAGUGCCAGUAUUUAUAAUUCCAAAUCAUUAUCAUUUAUAUUUGUGCUUCUAUUUUCAUGCCACCUGAGUUAGAAGAGUUAUAGUUAAUGGUAUAAAAAUAACAAUUGAUUCCAACCAGAACAAAAUAGUUACUAUAUCUAUAUAUGGGCACACAAAUAUUGAUAUUGAGCUAAGAAGGUAAAUCAGACUUAAGUCAGAUGAAAUAUUUAUUACGAGUCAUUUUGGUCAAGAAUAGGUCAUAUAAUGAUUUUUUUUUGUUUUAAAAUUACAAUUUCACAGAUUUGUCAGGAGAACUGUUGGAUUUGGAUCAACUUAUGUCUGCUGAUAGUAAGUGAAACUUUUUAUUAUUGAGGAAAAAAGAUGCAGUUGGUAUAAGGCCUUAGCUAAUUGAUCAGGCUAUAAAUUUUACUGACUACAAAGGCUCAUAAAGCACAUUAAAAAUUAAUUAUUAGACACUAUAGUUUUGCUAAAUUUAGAUUUUGCAGUACUUUUUCCUUAGAAUGGAUUUGGUAUAUUAGGCAGGUCAGAAAAUAGUAACCAUGUCUGAUUGUAAAUUAAGUGUGGUGAUUAUUAUACUUUAAAUUAGGAUGGGGGAAAGUAAUCACUGUAAGGAUUUUGGACAAAUACAAAGAAAGCAAUUGCGGUUAUUUGUGAAAUUUAAUUACCUUUUUUUGUAUUCUUCGCAGCCCUCACCCCACUGCUGUCGUUAAGUCCUCCACCAAGUGGAAGGGAUUACUACUUCAACCUUGAUGAUACAGAAGGAGCUUGUGAUUUAUUUGAUGUGGAUAUCACCAACAUGCUAUCAUCAUAGUGCAGUAGCUGUGUGAAUAUAGAUAUUUCCUUCAAUUUAGCAAUAGAUUUUGGUCCAAUUUUUAGAAGCAAGAAAAUAGUGUCAACAUAUUUUUUAACAUUAAUUGGGUGAGUGAAAUCAGUGCCUUUAUGAUGAAGCAUAAUACACUGUGUCCAUGGUUACUGCAAUUUUCAUUGCAUGGAAGGAUACAUGAGGGGAGUGCCAUUAUUACCAUAGUGGGCAAUUAAUGGACCUUUAUGAAAUUAUCUUUUCCUAGUAAAACCAUUGAAUGCUUAAAGAAUAAUGUUUUAUAACUGCUUUAAAGAAGUUAAAAUGUGAUUAUAUACGUCACCGCUAGACCUUUCUCAUUAUCUCCUUUUUGUUUUUUUUCUCAGUAGUAUUGUUAAAAAUGCAUUAAUUUCAAAAAAAAAAAAUUAUGUAUUUUAUUGUAUUCUUUGUGAUGCAAAUUGCACAAAAAGCUGAAUAAUGCUUUUUUUUUUUUUUUGCACUAUCAUUAUACAUGAGAGAUAGUUAUAUUUUUUUUUAUGCAAAUUACACAAAAAGCUGAAUAAUUUUUUUUUUUUUUUUUGCACUAUCAUUAUACAUGAGAGAUAGUUCUCACAGAAGAUAGCAGAAGGAAGUGUAAUAGUUUAAGAGAAGUAUAGAUCAUCUGUAUUUCAACACUAACUUGUGGUUUGUAGCCAAACCUUUAUUUUUUUAUAUACAAGAAUUGUUAUUGCACUUUGUUAAAUGCAUCAUGAAGUUAGAUUUGCUUAGGUUUGCACCUUUAAGCAUAUUGACAGAUUAACGAUUAAUCAGCUUUGCUAGAUUGCCAUGUCAAGAUCAAUCGGUUGCUGAUUAUGCAUACUAAUGCAUAUAUUGUUUUUAAUUAGAACAUAACAUGCUAUGUUUUGAACCAUGAACCAGUGGAGCAUCUAGGUUUUCAAUUGAGAUCAAGGGAGAUGAGUAUUUAAAAACACAUCUUAUCAUCCCCAAAAAGUGGACUUGGGUAAAACUGCCAAGGUUCCCCUAUAGGUUUAAAUUAUUUCAGUUUUACUUGGCAUAUUAAGGAGUCAUCACAUGAUAGAUUCAAAUGGGCACAAAAGAAUUAUUUCACAUGGUAAAAUCUAAGACUGUUGUAAAGAGAACCCAGGGGGGGGGGGGGGGGUAUCCCUUUAGUAAAUGAGAUGGUAAUCUUGUAUCAGCACAGGGAAAAAAAAUUGUUAUGAACAUGUUCUAGUUUUUGUGUUGAUACUGAAGGUGUCACCAAAACUUUAAACAAAAAUAAAUUUAGAUAACUGAUUGAUUUCUAAAAAAAAUUAAAAGGUUGAUUACUGAUUAUCUCCAGAUUAAUUGGUGCAAACAUAAUUUGGUUCUAACAUUUAAAGAAUGCAUGACCAAACUUGAUUUAAAAAAAAAAAUUGCUAGUUUCAUUCUUAAAUUAGUAAAAUACAAAUUAAAGAGUUUAGUUCAAUUAUUGAUUGUAGUUAGUUAAAUAAAUUUUUUCAUAUGUCCUUGCUAAUAGUAAAUAUUCAAAUAUAAACACAUAUAAUGUUUAUUCAUAAAACAUUAUAACAAAAU